GAGUGCAAGAUUCCCAUCAGGAGAAGAUCAUCACAGUGUCUGGAGAGGGGAUGGUCCACAGCCCAGACUUCCCACACCGUUACCCCAGGAACACUGAACUGGUCUGGAGACUAGUGGCGCCCAUUAACAUGAGGAUCCAGCUCACCUUCGAUCAGAGGUUCGGUCUGGAGGACCCCGAAGAUGGCAUAUGCAAGUACGACUUUGUGGAGUUAGAGGACCUGACCGAGAACAGCAUCCUGGGUCGCUGGUGUGGGUCACAGUCGGCUCCAGCUAGUCUCACUUCCAAAGGCAGUCAGAUCAGGAUCCGCUUCAUGUCUGAUGAGUACUUCCCCUCUGAGCCGGGAUUCUCCAUCCGCUACUCCCCUCUGCCUGUGAGUGUAUCAGAGCCCGAAGUCCCCGCAGUCAUCCCCCCGUCCCAGCAGGGGGUUGAGGAGCUGUCAGAGGCUGUGGCAGGGCUGGACAGCGUGGAGGAGGUCAUGAAGUUCCUGGAGCCGGAGCGAUGGCAGCUGGAUAUGGAGGAGCUGUACAAACCAACGUGGCAUGUGCUGGGGAAAUCCUUCCUCCACAAUAAGAAGGCCAGAGGAGCUGAUCUAAAUCUGUUGAGGGAGGAAGUGCGACUGUACAGCUGCACCCCACGAAACUUCUCUGUUUCCUUGCGUGAGGAGUUGAAGAGGACAGAUGCCAUUUUCUGGCCGAGCUGCCUCCUGGUGAAGCGCUGUGGUGGAAACUGUGCCUGCUGCUCUCACCGCUGCUUCGACUGUCAGUGUGCUCCUGCCAGGGUCACAAAGAAAUACCAUGAGGUUCUACUGUUGAAACAUCGAAGCGGUGUCAAAGGCCUGCAGAAGUCCAUGACUGAUGUCCUCCUGGAGCACCAUGAGGAGUGUGCCUGUGUGUGUAAAGAUGACUGGGACUGACCUCACUCGUGUAGUAGCUGCCACCAGAAUCGCACAGGUCAUUAGAAAUGAACCUCUGCAGCUGUUGCAACGUUCUGUAUCUCAUCCACUUCCACUGGGAGCUAACAAGAUUGUCCCUUCAUCCUAUUGUCCUUUCGCUAAUUGGAUAAAACGGAACAGACUGGAAUCUAAUAAGUCUUCUGAAUGGAUUUGACUGCUGUGGAAUACCAAUAGUGUGCUUUGAGUGCAUUUUAGAGACACAACAAUUCACUGGAGCAGAUCUAGACUAUUACCUUUGUGCUCUGAAGACUAUUUAUUUUUCAGAGAUAUGAACAUUGAGGUGCUUUUUCCUCUUCUUGAGGUCUCUUUAAAGGUUCAGCUAGUGUGGGCUGAUAGUGUCAUGGAAAAUGGGAGCUUCUUUGUUCAAGUACUUUUUUUAUGUCCAUAAGCGAGCUAGCUCCAGCUGCCUUACUCCCUCUGCUCCUCUAUUAUUAUCAUUGGGGCGAAGAACGGUCCUUCUUCAUGAGCAGUUUUCCUUUGCUCCCCUCUUGUAUCACCACAGAUUUAAUCUGCAGCCACGGUGUUGCUAAAGCGUCUUGCUAAUCAGACUGUUUAAUGUGUAAAUAAUUCACCUACAUUUCCUUUCGACCGUUGUGCCUUUUCUGCCAAAGAUUCUCAAAGAGAAAAAUAAUAGUUGCACAUGUAGAAUCAGCUGGUCGUUACAUUUCGACCCUUCUCAUGUAUCUCAAAUCUGCUUGCUUCAGGAACGUCAGGCAACUCUUGCUAUGUUUGAGAUUGUUCAUAUUCAAUAUUUAUUUGUUUAAUUAAAGGGAAAUGUAGGUCCAAAAUGUUUUCUUUUUUGCUACAUAUGUCACUGUAAAGUAGUAUAGGCCUCCCGUUUUCAUUCUUACUCACCUUACAUUGCCAUUGUGUUAUGGAUGGUUUUCAAUUUCUAUAUGCCAAAGUUAUUUAUCUCUGCCUUUGCAAUAACUGUUUGUGUAUUUCAUUGUAUUGAAAGUCAAAAAUAAAUUCUUCCAUUUUUAAUUUGGGGUAUAUUACUUGAGAUUCGUGAAACAGAAACAGAGAAAUUAUAUAAAUCUUUUUUUUUUUAAACAAUGGUUGCAUGUAGUCCUAACGCAACAUUACGUCACUGGAGGAAACUAGAUUUGGAUCAUUCUUAAGGGAGUUUUCAUAAUGCUACUAGUUUAGGUAAGUAGUGGAUAAAAGGCUGAUAAGGAAGACCUGAAGCAAAGAUGAUCAUUCAAAUAACCUGAAAGCUAUUGCAGAAAUGUGAGACAAGAACCAACAUUACCGGUCCAUUAUUCAUCUAAGUAGAAACAACAUUGUUAGUUUAAAUUCAUUGUGUUUGAAUUCUGCCUGGAAUUAUCAAUCUGAUUUUCUUGUAAUCCUUCUCUUGGGUUUCGGGUCGAAAGAGACCGA